GUCUCUUUGAGAAGCAGAAAGAGAGAAGGAAAGAGAGGACGAAAGAGAGGUGUUUCCCUUGGCGAUGGAAACUCUAUAAAGAGAGAGCCGGCUUGUCUUCUCUCGAGCAGCCAGAAAAACAGCGGUGUCGGCCUUGGCCCUGACACCUUAGCUGGGGGCUAGCUCGAGGAACCGGCUGCCAUGCAGCAGCCCUUCAGUUACCCGUACCCCCAAAUCUACUGGGUGGACAGCAGUGCUAGCUCUCCCUGGGCCUCUCCGGGCUCGGUCCUCCCGUGUCCGUCCUCCGUGCCGGGAAGGCCUGGGCCGAGGAGGCCGCCGCCGCCGCCCCCCCCAACACCCCCAACACUACCACCGCCGGAGUCCUUAGCUCGGCUGCCGCUGCGGCCGCUGAAGACGCGGAGGGACCACAACACAGGCCUGUGUCUCCUUGUGAUGUUUUUCAUGGUUCUGGCAGCCCUGGUGGGGCUGGGGCUGGGGAUGUUUCAGCUUUUCCACCUACAAAAGGAGCUGGCUGAACUCAGAGAGUCCACCAGCCAAAGUCCUAGAGCAUCAUCUUUGGAGAAGCAAAUAG